GGUCCUCGGGUAGGGCUGGCUGAGCACGCACGGCGCACCGCCGUCCAUUACACCGGGAACCAGAGCUAGCUUUCAGAAAUGCCUCCCGAAGACCUCGACCCACCCCUGAAUGCUAAUCCACGGGCGCACGUUGUCGUGUUCUUUCACUGACACAUGAGGCAGAAAGGAAAUGAGUGAAAAAUGGCGGGGUUUUGAGUCUUUCGUCCCCCUCGGUAUAAGCGUGGUAUCGGCGGCGGGUCGCUUCCAAAGUUGUCGGUUAGUAGGGCGCAUGAAGGGUCGGUGUUAAAGGAGCAGUACGCCUCCUGUGUCCUCAAACAUGGAGAAGCCGCAGAGCGAGCUGGAGCGAGACAGACAGUACUGUGAACUUUGUGGGAAGAUGGAGAACCUCCUUAAAUGCGGCAGAUGCCGCAGCUCCUUCUACUGCAGCAAGGAGCACCAGAAACAGCACUGGAAGAAGCACAAGCUCAUCUGCAAGGAGGCGGACAAGACGCAGCUACCCGCACAGAAGCCCGGGCAGGCUCCGCAGUCUGGGGACAACAAGGCACCGGAGAAAUGUCGAGAAAAGAAAAGCCCCGAACAGGCGGACAGUGCAAACACAAGUACAAACACAAAAGCAUGUAAAGUUGGCGAGAAAGCUGGGAACGAUAGGUCCAACAGCACCGCCACAUCUAACGGACAGAGCAGCUCAUCCCCUCAGAAACUUGCCCUGGAAUGCAUAGUCCCGUGCAUGAAUAAGCACGGCAUCUGUGUGGUGGACGACUUCUUAGGGGCAGAGACUGGUUUGGGCGUUCUUGAAAAUGUCAAGGCCCUUUACAAGACUGGCAGGUUCACGGACGGGCAGUUGGUCAGUCAAAAAAGCGACUCCACUAAAGACAUCCGAGGAGACAAAAUCACGUGGAUCGAGGGCAAGGAGCCCGGCUGCGAGAGGAUCCAGUUUCUCAUGAAUCGCAUGGACGACCUGAUUAGACACUGUAAUGGCAAACUGGGAAACUACACGAUAAAUGGAAGGACAAAAGCAAUGGUGGCAUGCUACCCCGGAAACGGGACAGGAUAUGUGCGCCAUGUGGAUAACCCUAACGGCGAUGGACGGUGUGUCACAUGCAUAUAUUACCUUAAUAGAGAUUGGAAUGCCAAGGAACACGGAGGCCUUCUUCGAAUCUUCCCAGAGGGAAAGGCCCAGUUUGCCGACAUAGAGCCAAAAUUUGACCGUCUGCUCCUGUUCUGGUCGGACAGGAGGAACCCUCACGAGGUUCAGCCCGCAUACGCCACAAGGUAUGCCAUCACCGUGUGGUAUUUUGACGCGGAUGAGCGAGCCAGAGCUAAAGAGAAGUACUUAACAGGUGCGGGGGAUAAAGGAGUAAAAGUUGAUCUCAACAAAUCAUCAGAUCCCAGCUAGUGGGAUGCGUGCGUCCCCUGCAAACAGCCAUUAAGUGCUCUGUCCUAAGAACGUGGCCUAUAGAGAGCGUGAGUGUGUGUUUUAACUGUCAUAAGACAGACUUUUGCUUGAGUGGAUGGAAGAUCCAUGCUUAUGGAGCGAAAAUUUAAAAAAAAAAAAAAAUUGGUGAUUUGUUUGUUUUCAGCCAACCUCUGCAACCCAGCAGACCUUGAAUGUCAUAACAUUGUACUGAAAGGGAUAGUGUGUUGUUUUAUGUUCUUCCACUUUUGGUGAAGUAUGCUUACGUUACAAAUGACAUUUUCAGCCAUUUGCUUGGAACAGGUAUUAAGCUCAGAGAAAGCCUUCAUCUUCUCUUUUUUUUUUGCUGUCUUUUUCUUAAAGGUACAGUGUUCUGCAUAUAUGCCAUGUGUUAUGCUUUUCACAAGGAAUCAGCUGUUAUAAUAAGCUACUCAAUGUGCUUAUGUUUGCAAUGAUUUGAGGAAUGAUUGAAUUAAAAACACUUUUUUUUCUGACAAAACGUCUAAAUUUAAGUUCUUCUGCAGCACAGCAGAUGCCAGUGGAGGCUUUUGUGAUCUCGUUUAUUCUUCUCACUUAGAUACGUGAGCACUGGCUGAUCGCUUGUAUUUUCAGCAUCAUAAGGUGAACAUGUGCAGAAACGCACCUUAAAACUACCUGAAACAUGCUACCUGAAAUAUGCUAAGUCAGUUUAUUUCCACCAUCCAACCAUGCUCUGCAUGCACAAAUAUGACCUAUGAGUUAAAUAGUAGCAUGUUUAAUUUUUUAAAAAUUCAGUGUGCAUGGGGGUAUUCAGUGUUUGAACUCUGUAAGCAAGGUGCCUCUUAAAAAGGAAAGAUGUGAAAUGUAUAGCUACAAGCACAUUUCAAAAUUGUUUUGUUGCAAGUUGUAAUCAACGCGGCUUUGAACAGGCUUAUGCAGCUUUUCCUCACAUUAUUCCCGCGUAAUAUGAAAUAUUAGAGACAACACCAAGUUUCCAAGAAACAUGCCUAGACAGUAUCUCUGACCGGGACAGUUUUUUACGUGCUGUCCUGAUUGCACCAUACCCAGUACACAGAUCUGUGCUGCCCCCUGCAGGAAGCCUGUCGUACUACAUCUUUUUUUUGUUUGUUUGUUUCGUCUGUAGAUGCGUUGCUGGCUUCAAAUUCAAAUGCGCAUCUAUUUUUUUCCAAAUAAAAAUAAAAUUUCUCAGUUUCAACAAUUGAAA